AUGACUAGAGAACAGGAAGUAGAGAGGCCCGUAGGGAGAGAGAGAGAGAUUUCAACAGGGAACAGGAUAGCUUCAGGGUCAGAUGAUCUGAAGAUAAAGAUAUGGGAUUGGGAGAGGAGAAAACAGGUUGUAUCCUUCCCUACAGGACACAGGGAGAACGUUUUUCAGUCUAAAUUUGUGAGCGGAGAUUUAUUGAUAGCUUCAUGCAGCCGAGACGGUCAGGUUAUGCUGGCUCAGCUCUGCCCAGCUGGUUCACUUAGGAGUACGAGUAGGCUGGCUCAGCACCGUGGACCUGCGCACAAGAUGUGUUUGAUUCAAGAACAGGGGUGUAUCUUUUUAUAUAUAAAGUUUCCUAUUCUACUCUCUGCCGGGGAGGAUGGACAGGUAAUCUCUAUUGAUAUAAGAGAGGAGAACUCUGAUAAAAUUGUACUGCUCAAAAAUGAUAAGGGAAGGAAAAUACCUCUGUACAGUAUACACAAUAACCCAGUAAACAGAAACCAGUUCUGUACUGCAGGGCGGGAUCCUUAUAUACGGAUAUUUGAUCGCAGAUAUAUCGGGAAUGCAAAACAGGGAGAAAUGGCGAAAUUUUGUCCGACAGAAUUAAGAACAACCAAGGUAAAUGUGAAUGAAGGGGCUGUGGGCGUAAUUUUAAUUGGAAUGUAUGUAGACGAAAACACAAAUUACAAAAGCCGAUUUAGGGGACACAGGAACAGUGCAACAGUAAAGGGAGUGAACUACUAUGGAGGAAGAAGCGAAUAUGUUAUCUCUGGUUCAGACUGUGGAAAUGUUUUCUUUUGGGAUAAGGAAACAGAAGGAAUAGUGAAUAUUUUCCAUGGCGAUGAUAACGGAGUCGUAAACGUUCUUGAGUCUCAUCCUACUCUUCCUGUCCUAGCUACUUCAGGUUUGGAUGAGGAGGUGAAGGUAUGGCUCCCUACCCUGAGCAUGAAUGACUCGGAAGAGAAGAAAAUUUUAAAGAAGAAGAAAGAUUACAUGCUCAGAACUAUAUCCAGGAACCUGGUGGAAUAGGAGAGAAGGAUGAAGGAUGCGGAUCCAGCAUGGAUAAAUAAAUAAACAUAGAUAGCUUAU